AGAAAGGAAUAAUUCUCUAUAUAAACAUCAGAGAGCCCUGAAAAGGAAAGUUCCACCCCCUGCACCACCGGGCAAGAAUUUACCCAUCACUUUUGCUAACCAGCUUGGUAAAGAAUGUGACUUCUUCUUUGCAAGAUUGCUGACUGGUAGUAUCUUACUAGUUUCUGGUCCCAGCAAAAAGAAUUACUACUGUAUUUCCUUGGAACUGGCUAUAGAAGGACUGGUUUCAGGAAUGUUAUAGCCAAGUGAAAACUAUUAUUAAAAGACUAUCAAGCCUUGGUCAUUCAGGCCCCAUUCUGGCUUUGUCUAAUAAGGAAUAAGAUCUGAAAACUCUCCUGAUUUAACUGAAGUUUUGAGCCAAAAGCCUUGUUCUACUUAUAUUACACUCUAGAUCCAGCCAAUAUUUCUGUUUUUCUCACGCUAUAGGCAAGCAAUGUGUAAUUGCACAAUAUGAUUUUGUCUCUAUGAGUGAUCGUGAUCUGCCUUUGACCAUAGGAGAGAAGUUUGAAGUCUUCUGCAGUGAUGGGGAAUGGUGGUUAGCAAAAUCCCUUACUACUGGAAAGCAGGGCUACAUUCCUAGCAAUUUUGUGGUCUACAUCAACAGCCUGGAAGAAGAAGAGUGGUUUUUUAAAGGCCUUAACAGAAAAGAUGCUGAACGUUUAUUAAUGAUGCCUGGCAACAGUGUAGGUUCAUUUUUGAUAAGGGAAAGUGAAAGUGUUCCAGGUGCAUUUUCACUUUCUGUUAGAGAUAUCAUCUCUCAAGAGGAUAUUGUUAAGCAUUAUAAAAUCUCCACUAUGGACCAAGGUGGAUACUACAUCUGCCCCUGGAUUACAUUUUCUUCUAUGCAAAAGCUUGUCAAGCAUUACUGCACUAAUGAGAACGGUUUGUGCCAGAGGCUAAGAUAUCCAUGCAAGACUCUGACUCCACAAAUACCCUGGGCUGCUGAUGAAUGGGAAAUCCCACGAGACGCCAUAAAACUCAUCAAGAAACUAGGAGCAGGCCAGUUUGGUGAGGUGUGGAUGGGUUACUACAAGAACAAUGUGAAGGUUGCAGUCAAGAUGUUAAAAGAAGGCAGCAUGGCCCCCGAUGCCUUUUUGGCUGAGGCCAACUUGAUGAAAAGACUUCAGCAUAAUAAGUUGGUUCGAUUGUAUGCUGUGGUGACCCAGCAGCCAAUUUAUAUUGUAACAGAAUACAUGGCCAAUGGAAGCUUGCUUGAUUUCUUGGACACCAAUCAAGGGAAGAAGCUGUCUCUUUCAAAACUGAUAGAUUUCUCUGCUCAGAUUGCUGAAGGGAUGGCAUACAUUGAGAGAAUGAACUUCAUCCACAGAGACCUCAGAGCAGCCAACAUUCUGGUCUCAGAGUCCCUUUGUUGCAAAGUUGCUGAUUUUGGCCUGGCUAGACUCAUAGAGAAUGAAUACCUUGCACAGGCAGGUGCCAAAUUUCCUAUCAAAUGGACAGCACCAGAAGCAAUUAACUACGGACUUUUCACAAUCAAAUCUGAUGUCUGGUCCUUUGGAAUUCUUCUCACUGAAAUUAUUACGUAUGGGCAGACUCCCUAUCCAGCUAUGAUGAAUCAUGACGUUAUCAGACAUCUAGAACAGGGCUACCGGAUACCUUGUCCAGAAUUAUGUCCGUCUAAUCUCUAUGCAAUUAUGUUAAAAUGUUGGAAGGACAACCCAGAAGAACGACCAACAUUUGAAUACCUCCAGUCUACCCUUGAAGACUUUUAUAUAACCACAGAAAAACAUUAUGAAUCAGAACCCCAAAAGACCUGAUCUGUGAUCAUCAAAGCUAAAGUUGGUUUUAUCAUAGCAUGGAAUAGUUGGGGAGAAUUUCCUCUUAGCUGCACUUUGCAAAGUUGUUCCCAGUCAUAGAAGUAAAGGCAUAUCCAUCUCUGAAGCUCUAUUUACUGCAUGUCUUUGCCUGGCUUUGGUUUCAUCACCCAGUGAUGAACUACAAAGUGGCUAUGGAAAGUGAAAAAUACAGAUAGUUCUCAGCUUAUGACCACAACUGAGCCCAACAUUUAUGUUGCUGAGACAGUUAAGUAAAAUUUGCCCCAUUUUACAGUCUUUCUUGCUGUUAU